AAUAGAGAUGUAGGGUAUCGAAUCCGAAUCCUAUUCCUCUCGCAUGCAAAGCGAGUGCUGUAGAGCUACUCUUAUUUUAUUCUUCGACAUUUUGUUUGAGUAUCGAUUGGUGUUCAAGUUCCACACUCGAACGUUUCUGCUUGUCGGCCAAGAAAGAUUUUAAUAAGAUUUUUCUCAAUGAAAACAGCAAAAAUCCAAAUCCAUUUUCUCAUCUCUUACGUAAGAUUCCACUUCCCAAUUUCACUCCACCAUUAAUUUAAACCUAAUCUCUCUCCUUUCUCCAUCACUCGCUCUUCACUUUCGCCACUUCCCUAAAUGGAUAACCCCACCGGCGCCGUCCUCUUCACCACCAUCGGCCUCCAACAAUACGGCUUCGAUAUCUUCUCUGUUCCACUCAAUUCUCCCACCACCGAACACCGCCUCACCGAUGGAAUCUCCGUCAAUUUUAACGCUCAAUUUCUAGAUAACCAACUUUCCGUCGUCUUCAUCUCUGAACGCUCCGGCUCCUCUCGAAUUUACCUCUCCGAUUCCCCUAAUUCCGCCCCUAAAUUGCUCCCUUCCGCCCCCGGAAGCUUCUUUCACGACCGACCCAUCGUCAGAAAUGAUCGACUCUUUUUCAUCUCUGCUCAUGAAAACCCCCAAAAGCCCUUCACGAGCUGGUCUGCUCUGUAUUCCACUUCGUUGGACGGUGGCGAUUCGAUUACCCGGCUGACUCCUCCUGGCUCCGUCGAUUUCAGUCCGGCGGUUUCAAAAAGUGGGAAGUUUGUGGCGGUUGCUUCUUAUGAAUCUCGUUCUUGGGGCGGCGAAUUUCACGAACUCCACACAGCAAUUGUUGUUUUUAAAUCUUCUGACCCAAAUCGUCGGGUUGUGGUUGCCGGUCGGGGUGGAUGGCCGUCGUGGUCCGGUGACUCCACUGUCUUCUUCCACCGGAAGGCCGACGAUGGGUGGUGGAGCAUUUUCAAAGUGGAGAUUCCUGAAAAACUCGAUUCCUCCGUUUCCUCUGUUUCCCCGGUUCCGAUCAGGGUCACUCCGGCGGGUCUCCAUUGCUUCACUCCGGCUGCCCUGAACGACAGCAAACGACUUGCCGUUGCUACACGAAGAGCCGACAGUAAAUUCCGACACAUCGAAAUUUUCAAUUCCGAAUCGGACGAAUUCAUCCCAAUUACCCAGAAAUUGAAUCCCGAUUUCCAUCAUUACAACCCAUUUAUCUCGCCCGAUUCCAAUUCCAUCGGGUACCACCGAUUCCGCGGCGAGUCAGCUCAGAGCGAGUUAACAAUUCCAUAUCUCGACCCGGUAAUUUCCCCAAUUAAAGAACUCCGUAUGAUCCGAAUAAACGGCUCGUUCCCAACGCCGUCACCCGACGGCGAUUUAAUCGCGUUUAAUCCCAAUUUCAACGGAUUACAAAUCAUCAAAUCGGACGGUUCAAAAUGUUGGACCGUUUUAAAAGAUCGAACCGCUUUUUACAAUUCGUGGAGCCCAUCGGAAAAAAACGUGAUUUACACUUCGUUAGGGCCCAUUUUCGGGGAGGUAACAGUGACGGUUCAGAUUGCUCGGAUCACGAUCAACUCUGAUGAUCUCAACAGUGGUGAUGGUGAUGAAGUUGCCAGUGAAGUGAAGAUUCUCACAAAAGACGACACCGGAAACAACGCCUUUCCGGCGUGCUCGCCGGAUGGUAAGUUUCUGGUCUUCCGAUCCGGUCGGUCGGGACACAAGAAUCUUUACAUCAUCGACGCCGUGAACGGCGAGUUUGACGGCGAAUUACGACGGUUGACCGACGGACCGUGGAUCGACACGAUGCCAAGUUGGUCGCCGACGGGAGAUCUCAUAGUAUUUUCUUCAAACAUGCAUAAUCCAAAAAACACCGAAGCAUUUAGUAUUUACGUCAUUAGACCCGACGGUUCGGGGUUGAGGAGAGUACACGUUGCUGGACCGGAAGGGUCUAGUGACGUGGGUAGAGAGAGGAUUAACCACGUGUGUUUUAGUAGGGACGGGGAAUGGCUUUUAUUUACGGCGAAUUUGAGUGGGGUGACAGCGGAGCCAGUGUCUUUCCCCAAUCAGUUUCAGCCUUAUGGCGAUUUGUUUGUGGUGAGAUUGGAUGGAACCGGGUUGAGGAGGCUGACGUGGAAUGGAUAUGAAAACGGGACUCCUACGUGGUAUUAUGGGAGUGAGCUGGCGCUUUAUGGGUUGAGUUUGAAAGAUGAGGUAGUUGGUGAGAAGUUGAAAGGAGAGUUUGAUGAACCGCUUUGGAUAACGUUUGAUUGAUAUAUGUGCCACGUGGAUUUUUUUUUUUUUUUUUUUUUUUUUUUUAAGAUUUGGUUGAAUUCUAAAAUAAAAAAGGAACAUUCUAUACAAUUGAAUUUUGGUUGAUAGCAUUCCAACUUUCCGAUGGGAAUGUAUAAUUUUAGGCUUGACUAUACGUGUGGUUUAUGAGUUAUAUUGUUUCAUCAAUGUAUGUCUUUUCACAAAUAAUCAAAUCCAAGAAAAGACACUACUAUUUAAAUUGUCAUUAAUUAAUAUAUAAAUAUAUAUUUUCUCCAAUUUGUAUUUGAA